UUGACCCCUUGAACCACAUGUUGUGCUGUUUCUGCCAUGUCAGUUUCAUUUUAUUUUUUGCUGCACUUAUCAUCCAACUUUCACCAGAGGAGAUUAAAAUUGCUUUGUCUUAUUUUAGGCAAGGAGCCAGUCACUGCUUGGUACAAUGAAAUCGCCGACUAUGACUUUAGCAGUCCUGGUUUUAGCACCCUGACAGGUCAGUUUACUCAGAUGAUAUGGUUGGCAACCACACAUUUUGGCAUUGGCUAUGCACGAAGUGACAAAGGUCUAUAUGCGGUGGCACAGUACAGUCCAGCAGGAAACAUCGUAGACCAACAUUCCUUCCAAACCAAUGUGCUACCGCCAGACUCACUCUCCAUGGAUUCCAAAGAUAAACAGGAUUCAGGUUCCCAACAAACAUCCAGUGAGGACAGUACAUCAGAAAUGACUAAGUUUGAGAGAGAGGCAUUGAAUGCUCACAACGCUUUCAGGGCCCGACACAACACACCACCUCUCGUACUCAAUAAGGAAUUGAGCAAGGAUUGCAAGGUGUGGGCUAAUGUCCUUACGCAAGAUGGUGUCAUCGCGCAAAGCCCCACCAAUUUUGGGGAGAAUAUCUGGUCUAAACCAAGCAUCACUGAAGGAGAAGUCUCAGGCUAUGAACCUGUGGAGGCCUGGUAUGCUGAAGUGAAGUAUUAUGACUACGAAAAGCCUGGCCUCUCCGAGAGGACGGAACACUUCACUCAAUUGAUAUGGAAGGAAACUACAGACAUGGGGAUCGCAUACGUCACAAGUGAUAAAGGAGCCUUUGUGGUAGCUCAGUAUAAGCCAAAAGGGAACACGACCAAGAUUGAAAAUUUUCAUGACAACGUACUGCCACCAGAUCCUUCAUAUAACCAGCCUCCUUCUGAACAAGAGGCUCCCAUUGCAACUCCAUCAGCUGUGACAACACCUGCAGCACCUUCACCUCAACCAUCAGAUGAAAAGGGAGCAGAGGAAGCAGCUGCUGCAGAGCCAUUGGCUGAAGCAAAGCCCGCAGAGGAGAAAGCAGCAGAGGAAGAGAAGGCUGCUGAGGGGAAAGAAGCUGAGGAGCAGCCAGCAGAGACAGCCCCAGUCCCUCCAAAAGAAGAGAAGAAAAAAUCACAUCGUCGUUGCAGCAAAAAGAAAGACCCAAAGCUGAAGAGAGCUGAACGAAGUCCAUGCGAGUAAUGGUGGAACUCAAAGCUGUUGAGAUUGACCGACAGGCUUCUUCUUGCUUCUAGCUGCUUGCAAGGAGUGAAUUCUUG